UCCCUACAGAUUUCGGCAAACGGGUGUACCAAGGAGUGCGAGUGAAACACACAGUGAAGGACCUUCUUGCUGAGAAACGAUCCAGGCAGAGCAGUGGCUCCCGCUUCAGUGGCAGCAUCAGCACACCGCAGUCACCAUUUGUCCAAAUGCCAGGCUCACCUACCACGGCUGGUUACUAUGGCGUCAGGAGAUCCUUCACAACUGAGAUGGAUUUCCACAACACAAAGCAGUUUGUCAGUGAUGUCUACUCAUCCCCCCUAGGGUCCAAGCCCUUCUCGAGCGAUUCCUCAGCCACUCAGGGAUUUUCAGCACUUCUGGACCCGUAUCUCACUGACCAGUAUGGGGAUUACCGUGCUAGUCCCCUCACAGCUGGUACCAGCUCCUUCUUCAGCCCUUCUAGAGAGCCCUGGGAGCAGACCUCACCUGACAGUCUCAGCCAGUCGGAUGGUACAUGCUUAGACCCUCUGCAAGCACUGCCUGCCAGUGCCAGCUGCCUCUCCUCACACGAGUCUGGAGGUAUUUCCCCAUACCGAAGCUCAGGUUGGACCCCGGCCAUCCCUGGAGCCCAGCCCUACCCUCUGCAUCCUCUUGAAGAUGUUCACUACUCCCCCAGCUAUGCUGCCACCUCACCCUACUCCUUCUCACCAUUCAUGACUGUGGCAAAUGAGCUUACCUCCAGGAUGAGCCACCUCUCCACGGAGGAGUCCUCAGAGACACCGCCCCUGCACGAUAACUCUGCCUGGGCAAAAGAUGAUGGAAGUCCCAUCUGGGGGACUUAUGAAGGCCGGAGAACUUACUGA